AUGCCUACUGUGAUUUCUGACUCGUUCUCCAAGAAGACAGCCGAUUUUUCGGUUUCUUCUGUUCUUCAUGAAACAGAUACCUCCGACACUGACAUUCCACCACUUGGAAAGCCUCAGAACGAGCGACGGUUCUGGUUUCAGCGUACAAGAAACUAUGAUCCAGAUGAGAUUGCUACCCUCCCAUCUGUUUAUGACGACCCAGAUACUACGAAGGAAUACCAGCCUCGAGCCGACUGGGAGAAUCUUCAUCGGUUUGACCCUAAUGCACGAUGGACAUAUGGUGAAGAGUACGCUCUGAUUCGCAAGAUCGAUUGGAGAAUCAUGGUGUUUGCCUGUUUGAUGUUUAUGGCUUUGGAGCUAGACCGUUCCAAUCUUCAGCAGGCUCUGACCGACAACUUUCUCAAGGACCUGCACAUGAAUACCAAUGACUAUAACCUCGGAAAUACAGUCUUUAAACUUGCAUUCCUCUGCGCUGAGCUGCCCUCUCAACUGGUGAGCAAAUGGGUUGGACCAGACAGAUGGAUCCCUACCCAAAUGGUUCUUUGGUCCGCCGUGGCGAUGGGUCAGUAUGGUCUACGUGGUAAAACAGGGUUCCUCGUCUGUCGAGCUCUUCUCGGUAUCCUGCAAGGUGGAUUCAUUCCAGACGUAAGUAGCGUAGCCCACCCCGUUAGAAAGGAAGUCAUGCUCAUCACAACUAUGAAGGUCAUCCUUUAUCUCUCUUACUUUUACAAGCACCAUGAAUUAUCCCUGAGACUGGGAUUCUUUUGGACUGCUAUGAAUAUUGCUGAUAUAAUUGCGGGCUUCCUGGCCUUUGGUCUUUUGCACCUACGUGGUGUACAAGGCCAAUCCGGUUGGCGAUGGCUAUUUUUAAUUGAGGGUCUCAUCACUCUCAUUGUUGGAUUUUCCGCUUACAUUUUAAUGCCUCCGGGGCCCUGUCAAACCGCAAACUGGGCUCGCGGGAAAAAAGGAUGGUUCACGCCUCGGGAGGAAACAAUCAUUGUUAACCGCGUCAUCCGCGACGACCCUAGUAAGGGUACUAUGCAUAAUCGGCAGCCAAUCACUCCGAAGCUACUUUGGAAGAGUCUCUGCGACUUUGAUCUCUGGCCUCUAUACAUCAUUGGCUUGACUUUCGAGACACCUAUGAUAACGCCUAAGCAGUAUCUGACUCUGACCUUGCGAAACAUGGGCUUCAAUACUUUUGUUUCAAAUUUGCUUGCCAUCCCUAAUACGGUCAUUUCGAUCAUCCUCAUGCUUUCUAUCACAUAUCUAGCAGAGGUCACUGGGCAGUUAACUUGGGUGUCCAUUCUCGGCCAGAUAUGGACACUGCCGUUCGUGGUAUAUCUGUACGCUGUUGAUACUACUACUGCAAACAAAUGGGUUGUUUGGGCAAUAGUUAGCUUGCUACUAGGUUUUCCGAACGGUAAGUACAUCGAAAAUGGCGAAAUUGUGUCUAUUCUGAUGGGAAGUAAAGCACAUGCAAUCCAAGUCGGUUGGAAUUCUCGUAAUUCCAACACAGUCCGAUCUCGGACUGUCUCGGCCGCCAUGUAUAACAUGUGUGUCCAGGCAUCUGGAAUUAUUGCGUCCAACAUCUAUCGUGCCGAUGAUGCUCCCCGGUACCGACGAGGGAACCGAGUGCUUGUGGCCCUUGUGGUAACAAAUAUUGCCAUCUAUGUCUUAACAAAGGCAUACUAUGUCUGGCGCAAUAACAGUCGCGAUAAGAAGUGGAAUGCGAUGUCGCAACAAGAGAAAGUACACUACUUGGCGACUACCAAGGAUGAGGGGAGUGGCCGACUAGAUUUCCGGUUUGCACACUGA